AUGCUUCGCGUUGGAGCAUCGGGCGAAGGUCCAUUCACGAGCGGCACACAAACCUUCUCGCUGGACAAACGUAAGAAACAAGUGACGCUGUGCGAGACCGCUUCGGCCGCAGCAGCAGCGCCCGAAGACAGAAAGGUUGGCGUCGCGGCACCCAAAAUGUUUGCCUUUGACGCCAUUUUCUCGCAAGACGAUCCACAGACGGAGAUUUGUUCGAGCGCGCUGACUGAUGUCAUCCAUGCCGUCAUCAACGGCACCGACGGUUGCCUCUUCUGCUUCGGACAUGCAGGACUAGGCAAGUCGUAUACAAUGCUGGGGCGACCAGACUCAGUUGGGACGCUGGGAGCCAUACCCUGCGCCAUAACUUGGCUUUUUCGUGGCAUAGCAGAACAGCGGCACAAAUGCGGCACUCGGUUCUCUGUCAGGGUCUCCGCAGUGGAACUGUGCACCAAUACCAACCAGAUUCGAGAUCUUCUAGCACCUUAUCAGAACGAUACUGAACAAUCACCGGGUGUAUAUCUUCGCGAUGACCCACUAUUCGGUACUCAUUUACAAAAUCAAUCAGAACUACGCGUGCAUAGCGCUGAAAAAGCUGCAUUCUAUUUAGAUGCAGCAUUAUCUACGCGAGGAGCUAAAGAAGAAGGAAAAGAUAGCCAUCUCUUGUACACUCUACACGUUUAUCAAUACAGUAUUGGAGGAAAAGGUGCUGUUGCUGGAGGCCGAAGCCGCUUACACCUUAUUGACUUAGGUAACUCUGAACGAGGAAAAACUAAUGGAGGAAUACCUCUAUCAGGUUUAGGGAAUAUUCUGCUAGCAAUUUUUAACGGUCAACGCCAUUUACCAUAUCGUGAUCAUAACCUAACGCAUGUCCUUAAAGAGUGUCUUGGUUCCUUAACAUGUCAUACAGCAAUGAUUGUUCAUGUGUCACCAAAUGUACAAAACUAUUCCGACACUCUCACAACCCUCCAGUUAGCAUCAAGAAUACAUAGACUGCGACGAAGAAAAAUCAAAUAUUCAUCUAAUAAUAACGCUGGGUCUGGUGGAAGUUCUGGUGAAGAUGUUUCUAAACCAAGCAGCAGUGAACCCGAUCCUUCGAGCAGUGAUUUAUCCGCAGACACAGUUAUUUACGUAGGCCCAAUAGAUGAUGCAACUGACGGAGAACAUCCUCCUGUUUAUAUACCACACAUAAACUCGGGGGAUAACAGAUGCGUUUUAAGUAAAGCAUUACGAGGGUCUGCAGCUGAACAGAAACAUAAAUCAACAUUGUCAAAAGUUGUAGAAGAAAAAAGUCCGAUUCAUAAAUUACAUUCUUCACCAAAGUCAUCUCCUAUAAAAAGUGGACUUCAGCCAAGUAACCAGACUCCAAAAUCAUCUCCUGUGCAUUCAGUUACUUCAAAAAAUACACCUAUAAAGAAAACCUGUGUAAAAUCCUUUUCAGAAGAGGGUAAGAAUACAAGUGAUGAACAUUGGAUUGAUGGCCCAAGAAUAUCCAAAUCCCGGUUAGUCGAGGCUCGACAUAUUAUACAAGAAACACAAGUAAAAAAACGCGAAACAUGGAUCGAUGGACCUAUGCAAGAAAGCAAAUCCCCUUUGCAAUUUGACUCUGUUCCCAUACCAUCUAACCCAAUUCCUCUGCAGGUUGGUGUAUUAAGCUCACAUGGAAAUGAAAGCCUAGGGUAUGGAUAUAUGGACAAUCAUAAGAAAAACAUGAUAAGGAAGUGGGUUGAGAAUCAAACUUCGCAAAUACAUAAAUCUAGACAUAACUCGCCUAGUCAUAAAACUCAACCUGGUCACAGAGACCCGGGUCUUAGAAUAUCAGAUGACUCCGAAGUACCUCAUAAAAUGGAAUUACUGAAAGAUACACCCAGGCGCAUACAUGUAGAAGAAUCAACUAUAAGAACAGGUUUAAAGGCAGGAUCUAAAGGAAUGGCAAUAGAAGAAGAAAAUGUCGGAUAUACUGAUCACAUGUCAAGAAGAUCAAGUAGUUCAAAAUCAGCAGUUAAAAAUGACCCAGAUGAUGACGAUGACAGUGAAGAAAUGGCAGAAAUACCCCCUGCACUUCCUUUAAUGCAGCCUAGUAGCUUAAGUAGCAGAGAAGUGUCAAUGGAGAGCUUAGAUUCUAAAUAUAAGGAAAGGUUAAGAAUGGACGAUGAAUUAAUUUCUAAUCGUAGUAGAGAAAUUGAGCAACAUAAUAUGAGAGGACAUAACCACGAUGAUGACGAAAUGUUAGAAAUAAUUGAAGUUGAAGAACCAUUAGAACCGGUUCCAAUGCAGGAUAGUUGUCUGCAAGUAACCGAGGAAGAUAUUGCAUUUUGUAUGGGUUUUUCGGAAAAUCCUUUUCCUGAAAUAGACCAAGAAGACUGCGAUGAUCAUCCUCUGAGAAUUCUUAGUCAAGAAAAUCUUACGGUAGCUUCAACAUUCACAGAUACGCUAUCACUAUACAGUGAAGUAGAGAGACAAAUAAGAAACGAAUCAUAUCUUAGACAAUUGGGAUUUUAUCCUGAAAACUUUAGUAGUGAACAACCAUUAGGUGAUAUUAAUCCUCAUGAAAGCUUACAAUCAUCUCGAUCAAGAGUAGAUGAUCUACUAGGGUUGACAGAAUUAUAUGGCUCACGUAGAAUAUUAGAUGAAAAUGAUGUUCCUAAUUCUAGAAUUGCCCCACAGUUUCAAUCAUUAUCUUUGUGCAAUGUUCGAGAUACUGAAGAAUAUCAUGGGGACGGAUCUGUAUAUAGUGAACCUGCUUAUCGACCUAGUGACAAAAUAUGUAAUAGUUGCAAACGUUCUAUGUCAAGACCGGGUAGUGCUGUAGAUGACUGUGCAUAUCAAGAUUUAGAUGUAACACAUAACGACUAUGGCCCAUUCGAAAGGUACCGAGGGAAUGAUAUCACAGACGCUAGAAUCGCUUCCUUAAGACAUCCAGAUGGAGCAUCCGAUCCUAAUUUAAGAGAAGAAAAGCGUGUCCCCGGAAAUGGUGCACCGUCAAAUGCAUUUCGAGAUUUGAAAUCUAAUUUACAUCUCGAAGUUACGGCGCCAGUGGUCACAACAGAACCGCGUACAGAAAAGAGUGAUAAAGGUGAUAAAGUUGUUGCUAGAGUAGUAGCGAGUUCAAAGCCUGAUGGCUACGAUAGUGGACACGAAUCAACACCAAGAACGGGGAAACAUAGUCCUGCAGCUACGUCGAGACGAGCUGAAUCGGGCUACGACUCGGUACCCAGAGAUUCUGACGCAUCUUCCCUCGACUCCUAUCCAACACGUCGUACGGCCGUAGCUCGAGCGCAUGCAAAGAAACAUACAACAGCGAAAUAUAAACAACACAGCGACCGUUCUUUCUGUUCGUGGCUGAGAAAUCCAUUCACAUGUAAAUACGCCGACACAGAUCCAGAAAUAAGUGAUUUUUAA